AUGGAUAUAUCGGAGUCUUCAGGUUACAAAGAUUUCGUAUGGGCAAUUGAAUUAAAUCGUCUGAGUUUAAAUUUGAUCGGUUUAUGGCCUAACGCCGAUAAAGUAGGCACGAGAAAAUUCGGAUCUGACAUUCGCAUGGUUUUUACUUUCAUUAUGAUAACAUUUGUCACUGGUAUUCCACUUGUUUGUGCGCUUAUGCGAGUUUGGGGUGACAUGAUACUGAUGCUAGACAAUAUGCGAAUUACGUUGCCUUUAAUAGUGUUUUCGUCGAAUCUUGUUAUUAUGCGGUGGAAGCAGACAGUUCUCUCAUCCAUCGUAAACAUGAUAGAGGAGGAUUGGUUAGCGCCAAAGCUAAACGCUGAGAGAGAUAUAAUGACAAAGCGCGCUCGGACUGCCCGAUUAAUUAUAAUUUGUGAAUUCGUUAUAAUAAUGUUGGCAGCCAUUUCGGUCAUCGUUCUUCCUUAUUUCGGCUUACCGCUCAGACAUUUAACAAAUCUCACCGAUCGGAACAAGCCAUUACCGCUGCAUACUUAUUAUUUUUAUGACACUGAUAAGAGUCCCCAAUUUGAGUUGACGUGUCUCUCUCAAGUCAUAACGAUCUUUUUGGUAGUAAUAAUUUACGUUGCGGUAAAUGCCUUGUUUGAAUCUGUAAUCUUCCACAUCUGCGGUCAAUUGGAAAACUUUAAAGGCCGUUUAAACAAUUUGGUCUUGUGCAAAGAUUUCAACAGAACUUUGAGUAGCAGCAUAGUGACUCAUUUACGUCUUAUCAGAUUCGACAAUAAUACUGAAGAUGUAUUUACAUUAAUAUUGUUUAUAUGGAUAUUCCAGUUUGGUAUUGCAUUUUGUCUAUGGGGAUUUAUAUUGCUUAAUAUGAUUACGGACGAAAACUUAAAUGUUUCAAAUUUCUCACAAAUAAGUUACAUGAUAAUUACUGUCAUCUCUCUACUUACGCAAACGUUUCUUUACUGCUUUGGCGGAGAUUUAAUAACUGAAAAAUGCGAUGCAAUAUAUCGUGCUAUUUGCGAUCUUGAGUGGUAUACAUUGGACUCGCGCAAGGCGAAAAAUAUUAUUCUAUUAACGUUACUAGCCAAGGAACCCUUACGUAUUACUGCAGGAAAAAUUCUACCGCUAACAAUGACCACUUUUUGCAGCCUAUUAAAAACAUUGGCUGGCUACGUAUCUUUUCUACUAGCAAUGUGGGAUUAA